UCACGCUCCGGCGUCCUGCGUCACUGCGUCUGGCGAAAAUGGUUGACACAGGGAAGAGUUUCUAGCGCUACGUGUAACUCCGCAGCCGAUAGAGUUCCAGUGGCAACCAGGGAGAAAAACACAUACAUCCGGUGUCUUGUUGAGACAGCGGUGUCUUUGUCUCCGAUGGAGGACGUCGAGGUCACAGAUGUCCAUGACGGUGUGGAGACGGCGCCCCUCACGAACCAGGACCUGAGCUCCGUGAGCCUGACGGUCGGAGAGCUCCUGUCCCAGUACGGAUGGUACCUGCUGGCCUUGAGCGCCCUCCUCUACCUGCUCAUCCAGCACCUGAGCAAGAGGAGAUCCAGCCACAGCUCCACCCAACCAACACUGCAAGAUGCAGCAUUGGUGGCAAGAAGACAAGAAGCCAUGGAAGAAUCUCGCAUGAAGAUGCAACAGGAGCUCGAUGCCAAAGCCGAAAUCUUCAGAGAGAAACAAAGACAGCAAGAAGAAGAGAAGAGGAGGCAGAAAAUCGAGAUCUGGGAGAGUAUGCAACAGGGAAGAAGUUACAGAGCAACCACAAGAUCUGCUCCGACCACUGAAGAGGCCAGCGCAUCAACAACAGCCCUGAAACCAAAGUCAAAUAAGAAGCCGCUUCGCAGUGCAGACUACAACCCCCUGACGGGACAGGGAGGAAGCUCCUGCUCCUGGAGACCUGGCAGGAGAGGACCUUCAUCGGGGGGGUGAGGGUAAAGAAGGUUGGAGACUUUGGUCUGUUUGACCUUUGACCUCUGACAUCCUGAUGUGCACACUGACUGACUGAACCAAGCUGAUGUUUUCUUUUUUUUCUCCACAUGCUCCAUGUUUCUCGUGGGUGUUGAUUGGUUAGUGUCAAUAACUGCAGACAUCCUGUUUGAUUUGUUUUUUACUCUCUAGUCCCUUUGCUUUUUGUCACCAUCACAGAUACUGUGAUCCUCAUCUUUAUGGUUUAAUGCCUUUUGGAAUUGAAAGCUUGUAAUGACGCCCUUCCUGUAAUCGGUAUGGAACCGGCAGGUUUGGCUGAUGAAUUUCUCAGUCAGUGUGUUUCUUCUCUUAUAUUUUGGUACCAGCAUAGCUAUAGAUUUGUUAAGUUCAUCACUAAAUAAAUAGUACAUUCUGCUAUAGCUGACAUAGUGAACAGUUGGGUCCAUGGGAAUGUAAUAAUGCUGUUUCUAUACUGUAUUCUGCACAUUUUUAGCAAAUAAAGAUUUGACCCUGUUG